AUGCACCAAGAGCUUGGCGAUGCAGUGAUUCAUGUAUCAGCUGGGCGCAAUUGGUUGUAUCUCUGCGAUUCAGACGCAGUGAAUGAAAUUUUCAAAAGGAAGGAUGAUUUUGAUAGACCACCGGAUUUGCUGGCGGUGCUAGCGGUUUUUGGACCUAAUAUCUCAACAGCAGUAGGCGCAGAUUGGCAGCGUCAACGCAAAAUCACCAGCGCACCAUUCAAUGACCAGAACAAUCGUCUAGUCUGGAUCGAGGCGUUGAGACAGGCAGAUGAGAUUAGGCAGUUCUGGAAGUCCCUCGAAGAACCUGUCAUCCGGACAGAUAAAGAUACCCGCACGUUCUCACUCCAUGUACUGUCUGGGGCUGGAUUUGGGAAAUCAUACUCCUUCAAAAGAUCGACCGAGCAACCCAAACAAGGACAUACCUUUAAUUACAGAGACUCACUCGCCAUUGUCCUGGAAAACUGCCUUCUCAUUCUUGUCCUCGGUCCUAAACUUCUCUCUAAAGUGCCAUGGCCGCCAAAGUGGGAGCGGAUUGGACGAGCAACAGUCGACUUCAAGUAUUAUAUGACAGAGAUGCUCAAUGAUGAAAAGCAUGCUAUUUCACAAGGGAAAACCAGAAGCGCAACUUUUACAAAUUCUUUACUUCGAGCUUCCAAAGAACAGUCUCAGUCAUCAUCAGAAGGCUCAAUCUCAAAUGUCACAAAUGGCUUCCAAGGACUCACCGAAGAGGAAAUAUAUGGAAACAUCUUCGUUUAUAAUUUUGCCGGGCAUGAUACAACUGCCAUUGUACUCAAUUGGACACUUUAUCUUCUUGCGGCUCACCCCGAAGUUCAAGACUGGAUCUCCGAAGAGAUUAACGCCGUUUUGACGAACGAUAUGCCAUCAACAUGGGAUUUCAAGGAAAUAUACCCCAAGUUGAACCGAUGUCUUGCUAUAAUGUUAGAAACUGUGCGACUUUGGAAUCCAUUGAUCGGUAUCUGCAAGUCUACUUUUGAAAAACCACAACCACUUACAGUCGACGGUCGAACGAUCAUCAUUCCACCAGACACGCGCAUUAUUCCAAAUAGCAAUGCAUUGCACUCGCAUCCACGAUACUGGGGUUAA